AUUGUGCGCAUGUCCUCUGCGUGUAGACAUUAAUUACCGACAUUGCGAUGAUUACUCCGGAUACGUCAUAAUGAGACCGUGUCACGUGUGAGAUAAAAGUCGCGCUGAUGGUUGUGGAAGUAAACAAGAUGAUGUAGAGAAAGUAGACAAGGUACGAUAGGAAGUCGCGUGAAAAAUUAACAAAAAUUUAAACAACAUGACUGAGAAUGGAGAGAAUUCAACAAACGGUCAUUGUUCAGACGAACUUCAACAAUUAACCACGUGCGUAAAUUGCAACACUUCGUUCGCUGUUGUUGAUAACACAUGGCAGACUUGUAAAGCGAGAGCUUUAGAAAAGAAACUUGCUUUGAUCGCCGGUAAAGCGGCCUUUGACCUCGAGGCAUAUGUGUUCAAACAGGUUUUACCUGCGAAUCUAGUUCGUCCUCAUAUAUUUCCUCGCACUAUCGAUGAGAUGACCAGUUACAUCGAGAAUUGCAGUACGGAAGCCGAAAGAGAGAAUAUGAGAACAUCUCGUGCGAAAUGGAAUGAAUUACGUUCAAGAAUAAACUGGACUGUUGUUCACGAGCAAGUGUUGGCGAGCGCAAAACAAAGUUAUUUUAUGAUAAAACCGCCGUCAGAUAUGGUGAAGGAAAUCAACGCGAACAAACGAACUAAGCAAGAUUUAAUUCUUGCAUUUCGAACUGCGUUGCCUGUACAUUUAAGACCGGGGGGUGAUGAGUUUGUCGAAAUUAUUGAUAAACUAAAUCUUAUAUAAUGACUUUGUUGUUUUUUGAUAUUAGUGUGACUCUAGAAGUUUUUGAAUAUUAUCAUAGUCUGAGAUAAAUCAUGACGCCCGCCACGUCUGUCUGCGGUAAUGUUUGUUUGAUUAUGUGUGCAAUGAAACAUGUAUGUAAAUCAA